ACUUUUGACAGCAAACGUAAAAAAUUACGGAAAUGCUGCAUUGUGUUUCAUUCUCAAUAUCAUAUCAAACUAUUUGGUGUAAAUAUUAUUACAGUAAAAAUGACCGAAGAGAAAAGCUAUUGCAGGCUUUGCGCUGAAGCGACUUCGAACAAUCAGCUUUUAGCCGCUGAAGAUGUCGACGGAAUAAAUUUUAAAAUAUUAAAGAAAAUGCAGUGGAUAAACGUUGAUGUUUCUAACGAUUUACUACCGAACGCUAUUUGUUUCGCGUGUUUCGACUCCUUAGAACGUACGUGGAUAUUUUUGCACAACGUCAGAGCGGCUCAAAAGAAAUUGGCAAAGAUCUUUUCUUGCGAUAACAAUGUGCAUACAACGAAUGAGGACGUUGGUCGACCUGUCGAUUGCGACUGGGAGGUUCUGACCGCGGCCAACGUAAAAGAAGAAUCCGAGGUGCCCACAAAUAAUUUCGAAAAUGAAAGAGCCGCUGAAAAGAAAUUAGCACAUAUCCUUUCUUGCGAUAACAGAGUGCAUACACCUAAUGAGGACGCUGGUCGUCCUAUCGAUUGCGAGUGGGAGGUCCUGACCGCGGCUAAUGUAAAAGAAGAAUCCGACGAGCCCACAAAUAAUUUUGAAGAUGAAAUGCUCAUAGAAAUCAAUGAAAUAAAAAUCGAGAAGACAAGUGACAUUGAAACUGACAGCGACAUACCAUUGCUACAAACAAGGGUGAAAAAGAAAAAAAAGAAAAAAAAACUAAAAAACAUUGUACACAUUACAUCGGAAGAUAUAACCUGGGAUGAUUACACGAGCCUCUGUGCAAACUGUGACGCCCAAUGCAUGACCAUAGCAGCCCUACGAUCACAUUCUUUAGAGAAACACGCUCGUUGCUUUGUAUCAAAAUGUCUGAUCUGUGCAAAAAUAUCUUCUAAUUAUCGUUUAUUAAUAAACCAUGCCCGAAGUCACAAUCAAAUGUUAAAUUACCACUGUGAAUACUGCAAUAAAUAUAUACCGUCAAUCAGUGAACUAAAGAAACAUAGGAACACGGCACACCAACAUGUUUACAAGACUUACUGUCACAAUUGUGGUGAGAAAUUUGAUACGCCGGAAUCUUUAGAAGAUCACAUGAUCGCAUAUUCAAACUCUUACAAAAAAUGCGGUAGGAGAUCGACAAAAAUUAGGCCUCACAAUCUUAAAUGUGAUAUGUGCAGCAGAGACUUCAAGUCAUUAAGUAAUCUAAUUCAACACAAAAAGGUCCACAUGGAACGAACCAGAGACUUUGGCUGUCACAAAUGUGGUAAAAUGUUCUUUACGAAGGGAGCCCUGGUGAACCAUUUGGCGAUUCACGAGGAAGUGAGACCGCACAAAUGUGAGUACUGCCCUCUGGCCUUCCGGGCUCGGGGGAACCUGCAGGCCCACCUCGUGUUGCACUCAGGAUCGAAGCCGUUUGUGUGCGAACAGUGCGGGAAGAGUUUCCGUAUGAAGAGACACUUGAAAUCUCAUUCCAUUAUGCAUACAGAUUUGAUGCCGUAUGCAUGCGAGUUCUGCAAUAAAUUGUUUAGGUUUAAAACAAGAUUGAAUCUGCAUUUGAGACAGCACACCGGAGCCAAGCCCUACAAUUGCAUUCAGUGUCAAAGAGACUUCACGAACGGUUCAAAUUUCAAAAAACAUAUGAAACGUAGACACAACAUUGAUAUAUCAAAGAAGAAAAAAUAUACAAUAGUAGAUAAACCUGAUGAGAAAAUCGAAAGUGAAGAAGGAAAGGCUUGAUAAUAGUAUGAAGAAUAGUCGGUGUAAAUAAUUUAAAAAGUAUCUUGUUACAACUUGUAAAGAUCAUUCCGCUGUGUUCUCAUUCAUCUACACAUUGAACGGCCCUGUGGUAACAUUUUCUUGUAUAAAAAAAAAACCAGGCCCUGAAUAACUAUGACACCCUUCAGACCGUACAAAGUGAUCAAAAUGUACAACGAAACAUCUUCUUAUGAACAUCCAAUCCAAUGUUUAUAUGAAAUUUCAGUCACAAUUAUGACUUACUAAGUCUUGCCAUAAAUAUUGUAACGAGGAAAACAAUUUAUUUCAUAGUAAACAGUUACUAUUGCAAUAAUUUCUGAAAGCUUAAACAAUAUCAACCUAAUUCAAAAAUUAUCUCGGUUCACCUAAAUACAAUUAUUUUAAUUGAGAUAGCAAUUAAAACACUAUUUCAUCAUUGAA